GUCACGUGACGUUCCGGCGCACGCGACGGCUCCGUCACCGCCGGUGUCGGUGUUUCUUGCAAGAUGGCCGAGCUGGGGGAAGAGCUUAGGUCGCGGACUCCUUCCAGAAAGUUCAACUCUUCUUUGGACGACUGCGCGUUCGUGUCGCCUGGCAAAGACGAGCAACAACUCCUGGCGGUACCGUUUUGUGGCAGUAUAAGAGAUGGGAUGCGACCAGGAAAGAGAAUCACAAUCAUGGGUAUUGUGGAUCAGGAGCCAGACAGCUUUGACAUCAGUCUGACGUGUGGGUGUGGCGACGUGGCCCUGGAACUCACUGCGAGGUUCGAGGAUCGGCAGUUUCUGCGAAACGCUCAUGUCUCGGGCUCCUGGGGCGAGGAAGAGUCAGCCAUCGCGUUUUUCCCUUUCAUACCAGACCAGCCGUUCAGGAUUGAGAUCCAAUGCGAGCACCAGCGGUUUCGUGUACUCGUGGAUGGUCAGCCGCUUUUUGAUUUCUAUCACCGUGUGCGCCCCCUGGUGGCCAUCGACACCAUCCAGAUCAGUGGAAGCCUCACCAUCACCAAGCUUAACUGAGCAUGAAAAAAAACCUCCUCUCCCUCCUGCAGCCCAUUGGCUAUGAGCUCCACAUUCCAAACACCAGCCUGACCAAUGGUGCAAUACAAACUGUUGGUUGAAAGCCAUGUGUGGUCGACCUCCAUCCUGCAACUGGAAACAGUCCUAGAUUCAGUCAUUUUGAACUGGGAUUCCAGACCUCUGGUUGAAUUUAGGACAACAUGUUUCUGUCCUGGUGUUAAAGCACAGGAUUUAGUAUUGAGUUCUAUAAUAGAAACCUGCCAACUAGUAGUCUGAGUGGAGAAGGGUAUGGUUCAUCACUGUCCUUUUGGAGACCCUGUUAGUCCAACAGCUGUUAAGAGCUGUUCUGCUUUUCUGUAAUUAAAUUCCAUGUAAUACUUAUAAAUCAUUUGGAGUCAUUAACUACCAUGGUUUAUUGUAUCUGUUUAUAAUUAAGUUUUAAUUAUCUGUAAUUCAGUGAUUACAUCCAGUGAUGUGUGGACUACUGUGUAUAAGACAUUUUGAUUGGUUUUCAGUAACAGUGGUGGAUAGUGGAACCAGAAAAAAUUACAUUCCUCCUUGCACACAUGGCCUCUAAGAUCGUAACUGUGCAGUGUCUUAAAGGAUGAAGAUAAGGUGUGGCGGGCUAGCCAGCAGUUCCACAUGGGCAAACUCUUAAUAGGGACAGAGUGUAAUAGACAUUAUAGUGUGGGGGAACCGUUCAGCCAUUUUUGAAUAACCCCAUUAAAAGGAGAGCUGAACCCCUGACUAGUAACCUUCCAAAAAUGCAUUAAUGCUAAUUUAAAGAGUAGACGCUCAGGAGUGCAACUAUUUAUUUCUCUAACAUACUGUAAAUGUGUUACUGUAAAUAGAAAUGUCUGUUAUAUAUGAUGCUUUGUGUUAAGUCAUCAGAAAUUCUGUGCACAAGGGUUGGGGUUAUGAUGGAAGGAAAUAGUGAUACUGGACUGUAAUGAGUGUUUGUUUUGGGUUUUUUUUCAGUGAUGGAUAUCGAAAGCAUUCAAAAACACAUCUAAAGUACCGUUUUGUACUGUAAUUAGGAUAGAUAUGGGACUUUAAAUUAUACAGCGCUUUUCUUUAUGAAACUUUGGCUGUACUCUGCACCGAGACCUUUCUGAUGCUGGUGCAUUGUGUUUUUCAUUUAUUUGCCCUCCAGUACUGAAUGUUCAGUUAUCUCAGUUACCAAUCUCUAAUUAAAGAUUUUUAAUCAA